AACAUUAUCGUUUAAUGUCGUCAGUAAAGUUUUAUUUCUUUUUUUUUUAAAUAAUUUCUAAAAAUGUGACUUCUUUAUCGUUUAAACCCACACCAGUAGUGCUACGUCUCGUUCACUAACCAAAGACACUCUUUCCCCAAGGGCGGAGCGGAUUCACCAUCUCGAUCUGCCCCCCACCCUCCAAGCUCCUUCUUUUCCUGAAGGGUUUUCUUCCCGGAGCUUCGCAGAUCGGAGGAAGAUGAUGCAGUCCUGAAACAGCAAGACUUUCAAGGCUCUGUGUCUUCUUCUUGUGGGAUUUUAAACAUGGGGAAGGAAAAUGUUGUCUCUCGUCCUCUCACUCGUGCCUUUGCGUCUGCUUUGCGCGCUUCUGAAGCGGCUUCUACUACACAUAAUCAACAGAGAGCAAACACAAAAAGACCAGCCUCGGAGGAUUUGAACGUCACUGCGCCACCCAAUAAGAGGAAGAAGCGAGCUGUUCUUGGGGAUAUCUCAAACGUUAGCUUCAAUGCAGCUCAACUUGAGGCUAGAGACAUCAAGCAGGUAAAGAAGAGUCAGGGGUUGGCAUCUUGUGUUACUUCAGAAGUCACAGAUCUUCAGUCCGGGACCAAUGCAAAAGCUGAAGUUGUAUCAGUGACAGCAGGAAACACAAAUGACACAGCUGAUAACUGUAUCGAGAAACACAAAUUGCCUCCUAGACCUCUUGGGAGAUCAUCAGCUUCUAUAGUUGAGAAAAGUGGUGUUAUUGGUAGUUCAACUGCACUGGAUCUCCCAAAAUUCACAGACAUUGAUUCUGAUGACAAGGAUCCUUUAUUGUGCUGCCUCUACGCCCCUGAAAUCUACCACAAUUUGCGUGUUUCAGAGCUUAAACGCAGACCUGUUCCUGACUUUAUGGAGAGGAUACAGAAGGACGUCACACAGUCAAUGCGUGGGAUUCUGGUUGAUUGGCUCGUGGAGGUCUCUGAGGAAUACACACUUGUACCUGACUCUCUUUACCUCACAGUGUAUCUCAUAGACUGGUUCCUCCAUGGAAACUACCUGGAAAGACAGAGACUUCAACUCCUCGGCAUCACUUGCAUGCUUAUUGCCUCGAAGUAUGAGGAAAUCUCUGCGCCGCGCAUUGAAGAGUUCUGCUUCAUCACAGAUAACACCUACACAAGAGAUCAGGUCCUGGAGAUGGAGAACCAAGUACUUGCGCAUUUUAGCUUUCAAAUAUACACUCCCACUCCAAAAACGUUCCUUAGGAGAUUUCUCAGAGCAGCUCAAGCCUCUUACCUGAGACCGCGCCUUGAACUCGAGUGUCUAGCCAGCUACUUAACGGAGUUGACGUUGAUAGACUAUCAUUUUUUGAAGUUUCUUCCUUCAGUCAUUGCUGCUUCAGCGGUUUUUCUUGCCAAGUGGACAUUGGACCAAUCAAACCACCCAUGGAAUCCAACACUUGAGCACUACACAACGUACAAAGCGUCAGAUCUCAAAGCAUCUGUUUAUGCCUUACAAGAUCUGCAGCUUAACACCAAAGGUUGCCCUUUGAGCGCUAUACGCAUGAAGUAUAGGCAAGAGAAGUUCACAUCUGUGGCGGUUCUUAUGUCUCCAAAACUACUUGACACGCUAUUCUGAAGGGCUAAACCGAACGGUUCAGCUCCUAACCGAUAAAAGAUCUCUGUGACAUUGAUGGUCCGGUUCGACUUCAUUCAUCUGUUACUCUUUUUGUUCAUAAAACAGCUCCCACAGUCCCACUCAUCUAAUACCUGAUUAGAAUUUGGUUUAGCUUGGUUUAGUUUGAUCUGAGGUUUGGUUCUUCCAAACACCAGACCUGGUUUAAUCUAAUCGGUAGCAAGAGGUUAUUUUAGUUGUAUCGAGAAUGUACAUUUUCUCCCAUCUUGAGGCGCAAUGUAAAAACAGUUUCGGGAAUUUCAUACUAUUUAUGUAUUUUCCGAUGAGGUAGUUUAAUUAUUUACAUCAUUUUA